UGUCAAUGAUCACCGUGAUAGUGGGAUACAACAUCUAUGCGAUAACAGAAAAAAGACGCUUGUCCUUUUAAGGAUGGCGGCGGUCCGGAGCCCAUCCCGGUAUCACUGGUCACUUGGCUAGGAGAAGCACAUUCUAGACUUGAUAAUCCAUCGCUGAGAAUAAUUAAGAUUUGAGUUUAUUUGCAAGGCAGAAAAGGUUCCAGCACAUAUUGACAGGUAAUCCUACCGUAUUUGAGGCUUUGAUUUAAUCUCGUUUUCUGUCAAAUUCUUAGAUUUCGCUAUGGGCCAAUAUUACGAUCUUACGUGCUAAAUCAAAAAGACGCGGUCCCUGAUUUUUGCCACCUCUGUCUGUGCAGUGGCGUACGUGCUAAUAAAAAAUAGUGAAAAAAAAACUUAUUUAUAAAGUUAGUAUUUCUAAAAUAGUGAUUAAUAAGUUAAAUGACAUUACCCGUAGCUUCCCCCAAAUUCAAAACUCCCUGGGAUCCACCUAUACUUUUCUUAUCAAUACAGUAUUUCCAAACCUUAGAAUAGGAGUCUGUGAGGGCAUAAAAACGGCAAUCUGUUUUGCUUCUACAAAUGUCCAUCAAAGAUAAAGCGCUGCUGCCUGUUUUCUGAUUGGACAAACUUGACAUCAAUCUCUCCGGAUGAUUGGCUCAAAAGACGUUUAUUACCCGCCCUUUUCGUCAGUACUGGAUUUGUUGUCGUGAGGGCGCUGAGGCGGUCGGCGGUGCUGUGGCACAAGCGGCACAAGCGGCAUAGCGCACCGACGACACAGGGCUGCGCGAAGCGUGGAGAGCGAGGUUGCGAUCUGUCGCCGGAGAGAGACGGGAGCGAAGGGCUCACUCGAUCCUGACCCAAAAAUCAUGGCCACUGGAACGAUAUCCUCCUGCACCGGCUCCAGUUUGCUGCAGCCUAUCAGCGAAAUCAUCAACCUUCCUCUGGAUCAGGUGAACUUCGUGGUGUGCCAGCUCUUUGCUCUGCUCACAGCCGUCUGGUUCCGGCUCUAUCUUCACCCGAGUAAGACAAGCCCCCUAGUCCGGCAUGUUGUAGCAACUCUGCUGGGCUUCUACUUUGCACUCUUCUGCUUUGGUUGGUAUGCCCUGCACUUUCUGGUCCAAAGUGGAAUCACCUAUGGCAUCAUGAUCUUGUCUGGAGUGGAGCACAUGCACAAGUACUGUUUGGUGGUAGCUCUGGGGUACCUCAGCAUCUGCCAGAUAACACGGGUCUACGUGUUUGACUAUGGGAUGUACUCAGCAGACUUCACUGGCCCCAUGAUGGUCAUCACCCAGAAGAUCACCAGCCUGGCAUUUGAGAUGCAUGAUGGUAUGGCUCGCAAGGAAGAGCAACUCACACCUAGUCAGCAGUAUCUUGCUGUAAGGCGAAUGCCCAGCCUGCUUGAGUACCUGAGUUAUAACUGCAACUUUAUGGGCAUCCUUGCUGGGCCCACGUGUUCCUACAAUGACUACAUUGCCUUCAUCGAAGGCCGGUCAUACCGCUCCAAGCAGCUGGACACCAACAGCAAGGUCAAUGGCGCGCACAAGCAGAACGACCCCUCUCCCAAGGCGGAUGUGAUCCAGAAGCUGGGCACCUGCGCCAUCUCGCUGCUGGUCUUCCUGUCUGUGUGCAAGGUGUUUCCUGUGGAGCGCAACAUCGAUGAUGAAUUUAUUGCUACCACACCCUUCUACGGACAGGUGGUCUACCUCUAUCUUUCCAUGUUAACAACCAGACCAAAGUACUACUUUGUGUGGACUCUAGCUGACGCCAUCAACAAUGCUGCUGGCUUCGGCUUCAAUGGCUACAACAAAGAUGGAUCGCCUAGAUGGGAUCUCAUAUCCAAUCUGAGAAUCCUAAACAUAGAGUUUGCCACCAGCUUCAAGAUGUUCCUUGAUAACUGGAAUAUCCAAACGGCGCACUGGCUUAAAAGGGUGUGUUACGAACGCUGUCCCUACAACCCAACGGCUGCCACCUUCCUGCUGUCAGCCAUGUGGCAUGGCGCAUACCCUGGUUAUUACCUCACCUUUGUCACCGGAAUCCUGGUCACGCUUGCAGCCAGAGCGAUGAGACACAACGUGCGACCAUAUUUUCUGGGCUCCCCAACACACAAGCUGGUCUAUGAUAUAAUCACAUGGGCAGGAACUCAGAUAGCCAUAUGCUACACCGUAGUGCCAUUUGUACUUCUCUCAGUAGCGCCGUCACUGAAGUUCUACAGGUCGUGGUAUUUCUGUGGUCAUAUCGCCUGCCUCCUGCUGGCAGUAGCUCUGCCUGUGAAGCCCAGGCACCUGCGGACCAAGGAAAUGUCCAACAGCGGAGCGCAUCAGACCCUUGACCAGCAGCCCCUCACAGGCACAGACCAUUACAGCAGCCUGAAGCUGAAGACCACAUGAGGGAGUGGAGUCACAGUCCAGUUGCUGAGCUGGGGAAUUCUCAAACACUGAGACCACUGCAGAUUUUUUUUUUUUUUCUUACCUUUUUUUUCUUCCCCCCUCUUGCAAAAGGGGGGGGGGGGGGGCAGCAAAAGAUGGACAGACAAGCAACAAAUGGCAACCUUCUGACAGCUGCUAUGGAGGGGGGAAGAUUCUCAUUGUGAGGAGGGGGAUUCCCUCCAUUUGCUGGAAGUUGUGGAACUGACACUGAGCACAGGGACACAAUGACCUGGAUGGCAAAAAAAAUUGUGGAUGCACUAAAGGACUGACAGGACAGAGCAUUCUGGUUGAAUCUGCAGCUUGCUGAAAUGUGCAAAAUGGCUCUUGUGUUGCCUUAAAUCCACUAUCUACUCAGCAGCCCCUUGCCAUGGGGGUUCUGUCAGAAGUGAUGCCACAUUCUGGUGUCCAAUCAGAUGAGCGUUUGACUUGCACGAUUAUCCAGCAGGAGGUGCUCUGUCACUAGUAGAUCUUGUCUGUGUACAAACAUCAUAAUGUCCCAGUCAGGGCAGAGAUCAGGGCAUUCUUUAAGACUAUAUAUUUGUGUGGUGGGGUAAGUGAAGGAUGACUUUCAGAUUCCAGUCUCCUCUGUUUAUCCUUGAAGUCGUCCUCUUGCCACAAUUGGGUUUGUCACUCGCACCUUUCCCUCCUGGAAGGAGACCUAACAAUCUUUGACAUCAUAGGGACAAACUGCACUCUAGCACUACAGGGGUAAAGCGGUUCCCCUGUGUUCAGUCCUUUGAAAUUAAAUUUGAUUUGUAUUUUUGUUGGAAGUUUCCCCACCUUUUAAGUUCCACAUUACAGGUGUCAAGUCCAGGGUGAAUUUCCAGAGGAUGUGGGCAUAAGACAUGACAAACACUGUUUGGUUACCUUGGUAAUUCACAAAAAGGUCAUUAAAACUGUUGACUUGGGUCUUUAUUUUGGGGGGGGAAAGUUGGUGGGUCUGUAAUGCAUCACUUAAAUUUUGAUAAUUGGAACAGAGUUGCUCAAAUCUAAUUUUCCCUGAAGUUGCUUUUUAAGGAAUAUUUUGUGAAAUUUGACAGUAGGGUCAAGUCAUUGAACAGGUUAUGGAAGCAGUAUCAUACUAAUUUGUAAAUAAAGCAAAGUUUAAUUCCAGUAUGGGGAAAAAUGUUGCCUCAAUGGUUCCUAUUCUGAUUGAGAUGUACUCCUCCCCCCCCUUCGCUGGUCAUAUCUUCAAAAAGCUGGGUAUGUUUUCUCCAGAACUUGGUUUUGGAGAGAACCAACCCUCUUCAAGGUGCCCUAAUUCAGAGGGUGUGUGUGUGUGUGUGUGUGU